AGUGAAACGAAUGAUUUCUAAUUCCUAUUGGAAAGAAGAAGAUCGAACGUCAAAGCAAACUGCACAAAGCGCUGUGGGGGUUCUUAGAUUUGUCUGUGUUUUAUUUUGAUUGCGAAACCAAGUGCAAGUGCGAAAAUUCCACUCAAACACUGGGUGCCUCGACACAGCUCGGGAGUCUGGUAUUGCUUGCGAACGUGCAGGAUGACAUCGGCCCAGAAAGGUAAUUCCGAUUGCUCGUACAGUAGCAGCAGCAGCAUCGAAGAGUACAAUGACUGUGACGACAGGCGGAGGCGAAUAUUCAAGAAUAGAUCAAGGAGCUACGUUCAGCAAAAAAACAGCGCAUCGGCCUCGUCAUCGCUUAAGCCGCAGUCGAGUCAACGGUCAAUGAACUUUGGGGCCGGGUCGUCGCAGGCCGACAACGAGGCUGCAGCCUCGACGUCAUCAACGAAAAUGCAUGCCUCUUGCAGUAGUACACAGCAGCUGAUUGGCGAUCGAAUAAACCUGCUGGUUGAUAACACGCGAUUUGUGAUAGAUCCAGCCUUGUUCACCGCCCACCCCAACACCAUGCUCGGCCGGAUGUUCAGCUCCGGCCUGGAGUUUACGCACCCCAACGAGCGCGGCGAGUACGAGGUGGCCGAGGGCAUUUCCCAGUCUGUUUUCCGGGCAAUUCUCGAGUAUUACAAGAAUGGCGUAAUCAAGUGUCCCCCAACCGUGUCCGUGCCCGAACUAAAGGAAGCCUGCGACUACCUUCUGAUCCCCUUCGACGCGACCACAGUCCGCUGCCAGAAUCUCAGACUUCUACAUGAACUAAGCAACGAAGGUGCUCGUCGUCAAUUCGAAGUUUUCCUGGAGGACUUGAUUCUGCCGUUGAUGGUGGCAUCCGCGCAGCGAGGCGACCGCGAGUGUCAUGUCGUAGUUCUGCUGGAUGACGACGUCGUCGACUGGGAUGAGGAAUAUCCGCCUCAGAUGGGGGAGGAAUAUUGUCAAACGGUAACAAGUACGGCAAUGCAUCGCUUUUUCAAAUACAUCGAAAACCGCGAUGUAGCCAAGCAAGUGAUGAAAGAUCGUGGACUAAAGAAGAUCCGAUGUGGAAUAGAAGGAUAUCCAACGCAUAAAGAAAAGAUCCGAAAGCGACCAGGUGGCAGAGCUGAGGUAAUUUACAGCUACGUGCAAAGGCCCUUCAUACACAUGUCUUGGGAGAAGGAGGAGGCUAAGAGUCGGCAUGUGGAUUUCCAGUGUGUUAAAUCGAAAUCAGUAACUAAUUUAGCAGAGGCAAAUGCAGAUCCCCCUCUAGUUCUGGAUGCAAGUGGCAAUCCCAUACCGCCGCCUCCAAUUCCCAUUGAACAAGAAAUUCGACCCGCUAUUGGCAACAAUGAUAUCGAGGAAAAUGCAAUCAAUGGAAUUUUAAAUGAUCUCGAACCAAACGCACAAGCGGAGGAGUGAACCCAAGAAUAAUAAGAAAUAUCGCAAUUAAAAAAUCGAGCCCCCACAUUCUAGGUUGAAGACUUCCG